AUGGGUCAAGUCAUGGAGAUACUACAAGUCAUUAAGGCCAAAUUAGACACCCAAACGACAGUCGUUUCAGAAAUCAUCGGUCCCACGAUUGAACCCCAACCUGCAUGGGCAAUGCCUACUACUUGGCCAGUCUUCAGUUUACCUCCCGGCUUCACACCUCCAGUUGAAGGCGCCCCUGGCGUUGUAAAAUCCACCCAGCAGACGGUUCCUCUACCAACUAUCAAUGAAGCUCAUUCUGUGGUCCACACAUUUCCACCACCCCUUGUCCAUGCAUAUUUGCAACCUUAUUUUGAAGAUCAACAACAUGCUCUAAAUUUUUCUGACGAAGACGAUGAAAGGCAUGAAGACAUAAGAGGAUUGAAAGAGAAUUUCCAGAUUGUUAAGAAAAGGUUAAGGGCUAUGAAAGGUGACCAAGUGUUUGGUACUGCUGCUAGAGAUAUGUGCUUCGUGUCUGGUCUUGUGAUUCUCGCAAAAUUUAAGACUCCGAAUUUCGAUAGGUAUGAGGGCCACUCAUGUCCUAAAAGUCACCUUAUUAUGUACUAUCAGAAAAUGGAUGCGUACGUUGAGAACGAUAAACUUAUGAUACAUUUCUUCCAAGACAGCUUGAGGGGUGCUCCAUCUAAGUGGUACUCAAGCCUGGGUCAAAGCAGAAUUCACUGUUUCCAAGACCUAUCUGAUGCUUUCAUCCAACAUUAUAAGUAUAAUAUGGAUAUGGCCCCAGAUAGAAGGCAAUUGCUCAGCAUGUUCCAGAAACAUAACGAGUCAUUUAAGGAAUAUGCAAAAUGA